AUGAAUUUAAGGCCAUUUAUUAAAACACACAUAAAGACUAUAAUGACAAAUUUUGAUGUUUAGAGGGGACCCUUUGAUUCAUUUUUAAGAGAAUACUACAAAAAUAACAAAACUCUUGGACCAUCUGAGCGCUCAAUAAUUUCAUAAACAGCAUUUGAUCUUGUAAGAAAUGAUCUUCUUCUUUCUCAUUUUACAAAAGAUGUGGAUAGGAAAUGUGAUUUAUUACCACAUAUAUCUAAUUACGAAAAAGACCAAAAUAUUCCACUGUAAAAUUAUAUUUGAUCAAUUACAAAGGAAUAUUCGAUGUAGCUGUCCAGAGAUGUAAAAAUACAUUCUAAUUUCAGACUCUUCCAAUUAGUUUCUGAUUAAUAUGGUUAAAAAAGAGCUUAUGAAUUCUUUAUGGCACUUAACACCAAGGCACCAUUGACAAUACGUAUAAAUCCAAUUAAAACCACAAGAGAGAAAGUAAUUUAAAUACUACUUAAUAUCUUUAGCUAAUAAAGGAGAUGAACCAACUAUAUUUCAAAAAGACCUUAACCUCACCUUAUGGAUUAAUAGUGAGUAAAGAAAAUAAUGUAAAUUUGACUGAUACAGAUUAAUUUAAAGAAGGAUUAUUUGAAAUAUAAGAUGAGGCCUCUUAAGUAUGUGCUCUUAGAGUCUAAUGUUAACCAAAUGAUAAGGUACUUGAUUAUUGUGCUGGAUCUGGAGGUAAAACCUUAGCAUUUGCUCAUUAAAUGGAAGGUAAAGGAGUGAUUGAGAUAAAUGAUACUAGAAGUGAAGCUCUGUCAAAAGCAAAAAUUAGAUUGAGAAGAGCAGGUAUAAUGAAUUAUAGUUUCUUUACAAAGAAGUUCAAAUAUGAUUGGAUCUUAUUAGAUGUUCCUUGUUCAAGCUUAGGAACAUUAAGAAGAAAUCCAGAUUCAAAAUAUAGAUUUUCUUAAGAAAGAUUAAAUGGUAUAUAUAUUGAUAGAAUUAGAUUUAAUAAAACUCUAAUAAGAGAUAUUUGAUUAAGCAAUAAGAUUUUUAAAAUAAGAUGGUGUUAUUGUAUAUACAACUUGUAGUUUUUUGAAGGAUGAAAAUUAGAAUUAAGUGAAACAUUUUUGCAAUAAAUAUAAUUUAAGUGUGGUCGAUAAUGAUUAUUUUUAGAGCUUACCUGAAAAAGGUGGAAUGGAUAGUUUCUUUAGUAUUAGUUUGAAAAAAAAUUGA